AUGAGCUUCCUUAGAAUUACUCCUUCGACUCAUAGUUCUCUUUCAUCUGGACUUUUGAGGCUUAGUAUCUUUCUAUUACUCAGCCUUCCUGACUCAAAUGGAAAAGCCAUUUGGACAGCUCACCUGAAUAUAACAUUUCAGGUUGGAAAUAAGAUAAUAUCAGACUUAGGAGAGAGUGGAGUGUUCGGGAAUCAUUCUCCUGUGGAAAGGGUGUCUGGUGUGGUAGCACUUCCUGAAGGAUGGAAUCAGAACGCUUGUAAUCCUUUGACCAAUUUCAGCAGGCCUGAACAGGCAGACUCUUGGCUGGCCCUCAUCGAACGUGGAGGCUGUACUUUUACACAUAAAAUCAACGUGGCAGCAGAGAAGGGAGCAAAUGGGGUGAUCAUCUACAACUAUCAAGGUACGGGCAAUAAAGUAUUUCCCAUGUCUCACCAGGGGACGGAAAAUAUAGUUGCGGUGAUGAUAGGCAACCUGAAAGGCAUGGAACUUUUGCACUUGAUUCAGAAAGGAGUCUGUGUGACAGUCAUCAUUGAAGUGGGGAGAAUGCACAUGCCAUGGGUGAGCCAUUACAUCAUGUCUCUAUUUACCUUCCUGGCUGCCACAGUUGCCUACCUUCACUUACAUUGUGUCUGGAGACCUAGAGUGCCCAAUUCUUCCACGAGGAGGCGAAGUCGUAUAAAGGCAGAUGUGAAGAAAGCUAUUGACCAGCUUCAACUGCGAAUUCUCAAAGAAGGGGAUGAGGAAUUAGACCCAAAUGAAGACAACUGUGUUGUUUGCUUUGACACAUACAAACCCCAAGAUGUAGUACGCAUUUUAACUUGCAAACAUUUUUUCCAUAAGGCAUGCAUUGACCCCUGGCUUUUAGCCCAUAGGACAUGUCCCAUGUGCAAGUGUGACAUUCUGAAAACGUAA